ACCAUUCUAUUUUUGUUGCUGGUUCCUUUCUUCCCCUGUUACCGUUGACUGGAAAGAAAGAAGAAAAAGGAAAAGAAAAGAAUGAGUGUGCAGACGAUUGAUUUGUUGAAGGAGGAGCUUCCGGUGCACCAAGAAUCUCUGCAUCUCACCGGUGACACCAAGACCGGCCUUGUCCUCGUCGACGUCGUCAAUGGCUUCUGCACCGUCGGUGCUGGCAAUUUGGCACCAAGACAGCCUGAUAAGCAAAUCUCUGAAAUGGUGGAUGAAUCAGUGAGACUUGCCAGAGUUUUCUGUGACAGAAAAUGGCCUGUCUUCGCUUUCCUUGAUUCCCAUCACCCUGACAUUCCUGAGCCUCCUUACCCUCCUCAUUGUAUUGUUGGAACUGAAGAAUCAGAGCUAGUCCCAGCUCUGAAAUGGUUGGAGAAUGAAGGAAAUGUGACCCUUCGGCGUAAAGAUUGCAUUGAUGGAUUUCUUGGUUCAGUUGAGGAAGAUGGCUCUAAUGUGUUUAUCAAUUGGGUUCAGAGUAAUCAGAUCAAAGUUAUCUUGGUCGUAGGAAUAUGCACAGAUAUAUGUGUGCUAGAUUUUGUAUGUACCACUUUGUCUGCUAGAAAUCGUCGUCUCCUUGCCCCUCUGGAGGAUGUGAUUGUGUAUUCCCGUGGUUGUGCCACUUUUGAUCUUCCAGUUGAUGUUGCCAAAACUGCCAAAGAUGUUGUGGCUCAUCCCCAGGAGCUAAUGCAUCACAUAGGCCUUUACAUAGCCAAAGGAAGAGGAGCAAAGGUUGUGUCGGAAGUGUCAUUGAAUACAAAAAAUCCAUGAGGCUUUCUCUUUGCGAGGGGUGCCUUUUCUAAAUAGUGAACUUAUGCUCUCUAUAUGACGAGCUGUCUUCAUCAGGCAGUUCACAUGUGGGAGGAAACAAGAAGGGUAACUGAAAAUGGUGUGUUUAGGAGUGAUGACCCAUGAUGGCAGCUGGAAGGGUCACCGCAUAAAGAUAUAUUAUAAUUUUCUCUGUUACUAAUAAAAUGGUGUGUUUAGAAGUGAAACAAGAAGAGUAAUUUAGAAGUGAUGACCCAUGAUGGCAGCUGGAAGGGUCACAGCAUAAAGAUAUAUUAUAAUUUGCUCUUUUACUAAUAAAAUGUACAGAGAAGCUUUACACUUUGCACUCUAUUUCACUGAAUUAUAAGGCUACGGCUAUGUCUUUGUUA